GAACUCAAGGGCGAAUCUCUAAACCUGUAGUGUGCUUGGUGUAUUUACUCUAGCAACUGUCCUCAGUAUUUAUUACUGUUAUGGGAAAUAGGUUACAAUCAUAUACCUCACUUGGAUAUAUAUUAUGUAUUGUUAAAGUGAUUUUGAUAACACUAAUACAUAUCACAUAUUCAGUUUCUUUAGAGGAAUAUGACGAAAUGGCGUAUGCUGUCCCCACAGAAAACAUCGAUAUUGAUUUGUUUCUGAAAUCACAUUCAUCAUAUAAUAAGUACACCACUACCCAAAAGAAUUUGAACGCAACUGUUUUGGCAUAUGUAACGCCUUGGAAUAAACUAGGAUACGAAGUAGCAAAAAUAUUCGGUGCUAAAUUCAACCUUAUUGCUCCUGUGUGGUUUGAAGUUCAAGGUGAAAAAAAGGCAUAUACAGUUACUGGGAUCCCUGAAAUUAACACUGAAUGGCUUAGUGAAAUUCGCACUGUGAAUCCUGAUGUAAAGAUAGUACCUCGAUUUUCCUUCAGUCCAUGGGAAGACCGUGAUUAUGCCGCAACUUUAAAAGAUGUUCCUAAAACAGAUAAAUGUAUUCGAAAUGUGAUCAAUAUUUUAAAGAAAUAUAAUUUUGAUGGUGCAGUCAUAGAAAUAUGGGCACAGUUCUCUGGUGUAGAAUUACAAUCACUAAUAGAUUUUAUAGUACGACUUUCUGAUAAUUUACAUUCAAACGGCAAGCUUUUUGUGCUCGUUAUCCCACCUCCUGUUUACUAUGAAGGUAUAGAAGGAAGAUUUAAAGAAGAAAAUUUUAAAAUAUUGGCCGAUUAUGUUGAUUAUUUUAGCUUAAUGACCUACGACUAUUCUUCACCUCAUAGACCUGGGCCUAAUAGUCCUUUGAGUUGGGUAGAAGAAUGCAUUAAUCGUUUGGUUCCAAAGAAUUCUUUAAACCAGGCAAAAUUGCGUAAACAAAUUUUAGUGGGUUUAAACUUUUAUGGAAUCGAUUACUUGCCUAAAAAAUUAAUCGGUGAACCUAUUAAAGGCAAUGAUGUUAUUGAAAUAGUUGAGAAGUAUCAACCGAAUUUUAAAUGGGACAAAAAAUGGGCUGAACAUAGCUUCUCUUACAAGUAAGAUUAUUUUUCUUCUCUUUGCUGAAUAAAUUCAGUGAAACGAUUACCAUACGAUGGUCAUUCUGAAAAGACUAUAAAUUUUUCAUUCCUAUAUUAUAUGACUUCAAACUUUCUAAACAUUCCAUCAUUAUUUGUGGAAAAAACUUAUAAUAGUAAAACAUUCCUAAAAUGGAGUCUGAGACGUCCAAUCCAGCAGUCACUGUCAUCUUCACUUGGUGACUUUUUAUCUAAUGUAGUGUUGCUAAUGUCAUUUAUCUAUCUUAAUUCCUAUGUAUGCUUUGAAUUGGUCUUUAAAUUGUUCCUGUUCAGUACAUUCAUUUUCCUUUUUUUUCACCAGAUAAAAAACCUUCAGUGUUCGCCUUUUUCCAUAAGAUUUCUUUUAAUCCUUGAAAUUUUUGUAAAUCCUUUCUAUUCUAAAUCGCAGUUCGAGGUAUGGCACCCGUUCUCUCAUUCGUUGAUUUUUAGUUUAAUAUAGUUGGGAAGGUUCAACCUUCUAAAUAAGGUUCAUUAAGAGUGGAAAGUUGUCAGUAAUUUGAAAUAUUUAACCUUGUACUUUGUUAGUUAAUAUCAAUAAAAAAUAUGUCUUUGAGUAACAUUUCAAGCUAUUUAAUCAAUAUUUCCCCUGUUCUGUUACAAACAUGUUUAUUUCAUUCUAACCUGUUCGUUUUCCGUUGAAAUUGUUUCAGAGUACUGCAACUUUAAUUUAUUCCCUGGUGUUUUCCAUCACAUGCCAGUUUCCGUUGUUUUUGUCUUUCAUUCUACUUCAAGUUUUUUGGUAAAUACCUUAUAUAUUUUUUGUAGGGAUAAAAAAUCGCAAGGUCACUUGGCUUUCUAUCCUACCUUGAUGUCGAUAGCACAACGUCUACAAACUAUACUAUCCAGAGGUACGGGUGUUUCUAUCUGGGAGAUAGGACAAGGACUAAAUAGUUUUUAUUCACUGUUCUAAUGUAAAAUUUUAUAUACCGUCAUGGCAUAUAUGUGCACUUUUUUAUCUUUUGGAAAUAUAUUUUCAUACAUCG